UCUUGCAUCUUUAUCCUCGCAAUUCACAACAAUGGCAGAUGAGGUGAAGCUACAUGGGUUCUGGCCUAGCCCAUUCAGUCACAGAGUCAUCUGGGCACUCAAAAUCAAAGGUGUCGAUUAUGACUACAUAGAAGAAGACCUUCCCCACAACAAGAGCGAAUUGCUGCUCAAGUAUAAUCCUGUUUACAAGAAGAUCCCAGUCCUCGUCCAUGGCGGCAAGCCCAUCGCCGAGUCCCUCAUCAUCCUUGAGUACAUCGAAGAUACCUGGCCCCAGAAUCCGCUCCUACCCACCGAUCCUUAUGAGAAAGCUUUGGCUCGGUUCUGGAUCAAAUUUGCGGAAACCAUGGUUACUUCUUUCCGGGCAAUAAUCAGGUCAACAGAUGAAGAAGAACGAGAAAAGGGCGCAAAAGAAGUGGUGGAAAGGCUGAAGACUUUGGAGGAGAAGGCUCUUGGGGACAAAAAGUUCUUCGGUGGUGAUGCUAUAAACAUGGUGGAUAUUACUUAUGGGUUGGUGGGUUAUUGGUUCAAGAAUGUUGAAAUUGUUAUGGGCGUGAAAUUGCUGGACUCAAACACUUUACCUCGACUCUAUGAAUGGGCUGAGAAUUUCAUGAAAGUUCCUGUGAUCCAAGAAAAUCUUCCGGAUCGAGACAAAUUGGUGGCCUAUAUCAGAAUUGUGAGGGAGAGAGGUUCACAACAGAACCCCAGUAAUUAGUACUGCGUAAGUUGGGAAUGAUGUGUUUUAAUUUUCUCAUUCGAACUAGUUUUCUUUGUUGUUUUUUUUUUUUUUUUUGUGUAACAUUUAGUUUUCUUUGUUGUUAUGAGUAAUUACUGUGUAAUUUUUCAUUUCCAACGGGGUGUUAUUUAUCAAUAUAAAUGACGUUGGUAA